GUGCUUUCGGACAACUGGCUGCAUGAUCUUCUGGCUGUGACUUGAUGGCAACCGUCACCCACUGGACGGUCGAAGACGUGGCCGCCUGGAUUGAACAGUGCCUGCGCUUGCCGUACGCGCGCAAGUUCGUUGAGGCUGGCAUUGACGGAGUUCAACUUGUGCACCUGACGCAAGAUGGCCUUCUGAAAAUGGGAGUCGACAGCGAGGAGCAUGUCAAGUGUUUGUUGGACCAUGCUGCUGUGCUUCGAUUUCAGUUCGAGCGCAGCCUUCGUGCGGGUUCAGUUGCGGAAGCGGACCAGAAAAUGGAAGCCACGGCCACACAGACUGAUUGGAGCGCGCCAAGUUGCAGAAGGAGUUUGACUGGUAUGAUGUAUCCGCGCGUGGGAUCCCCAAUCCUGUGUGCGGGCAAGGUGCAUAAUAGGCAUGAGCAUGUGCAGCUUGACACUGCGGAGCCACGCCCUGACGUGCAGGAGGUUCAAGCGAAAGCUGGCGCAGAUCCGACGAACAAAGCCGGACGUGGAGGCAAGGAAGAUGCACAGGCUGCUGGUUUUCGGGGCGUCUCAUCGCAAAGUAGCGCUAUAUCAGCUGCCAUCUCUACAACGUGUAGCAGUGUUGCUGGCAGCGGCUAUGUGGAAGGGCCUGGUGCGUGCGAAGCUGUGAAAGGACAGCCGCACUUGUCAAUCCCUUUGCCGUCUCACAGGCCGCCGUCUGCAUUGUCCAGUGCUCGUGCGGUGUCUGCUCGGUGCGGCUCUGAGGC